UCUGUGCGAGGAGGAAAAUCAGCUGAAGGAAGAAAAAAACCCCUGCUGGCUAGUUCAAGCCAUGGCUGCGGAGAUUCAUUCGAGGCCCCAGACCGCCAGGCCGGUUCUUCUGAACAAGAUCGAAGGCCACUCGGACUCUGUCACUGCGGCUGUUCUGAUACCAAAAGAAGACGGAGUGAUCACUAUCAGCGAGGACAGAACGAUCCGGGUUUGGCUGAAGAGAGACAGCGGUCAGUACUGGCCAAGUAUCUACCACACAGUCUCCUCACCAUGCUCUUGUAUGUCGUACCACCAUGACAGCAGACGCAUCUUCAUUGGCCAGGACAAUGGAGCCGUUGUGGAGUUUCUUAUCUCUGAAGAUUUCAACAAGAUGAAUCAUGUCAAGACGUAUCCAGCUCAUCAGAACCGUGUGUCAGAUAUGGUGUUUUCUCUGGAGAAUGAGUGGGUGGUGAGUACUGGCCAUGACAAGAGUGUCAGCUGGAUGUGCACCCAGAGUGGCAGCAUGCUGGGUAGACAUUACUUCAGUUCCUGGGCCUCCUGCCUACAAUAUGACCAUGAGACACAACAUGCUUUUGUUGGUGAUUACUCGGGGCAGAUCACACUACUAAAACUGGAGAGGCAGACCUACUCUACCAUCACUACUCUGAAAGGUCAUGAAGGCAGUAUAGGGUGUCUGUGGUGGGACCCUGUUCAGAGACUGUUGUUCUCAGGGGCGUCAGAUCAUAGUGUCAUUAUGUGGGACAUUGGGGGCCGCAAGGGACGAACGUUACUGCUGCAAGGACACCAUGAGCGUGUUCAGGCGCUGCGUUACCUUCAGCUGACCAGACAGCUGGUGACGUGCUCGGUCGAUGGUGGCAUUGCAGUGUGGAACAUGGACACGCCCAGAGAAGAGUCGCCAGAGUGGUUAGACAGUGACUCAUGCCAGAAGUGUGAGCAGCCUUUCUUCUGGAACAUCAAGCAGAUGUGGGACAAUAAAACCCUCGGUCUCCGACAGCACCACUGCAGGAAGUGCGGGAAAGCGGUUUGUGGAAAAUGUAGUUCUAAACGUUCCACCUUCCCACUCAUGGGCUUUGAAUUCCCAGUGAGAGUGUGUGAUGACUGCUUUGACACUAUCAAAGAAGAAGAUCGGACGCCGUUGGCCACAUUCCAUGAGGGGAAACACAAUAUUGCUCACAUGGACAUGGAUCCAUCCAGAGGGCUGAUGGUCACGUGUGGCAGUGAUCGCAUUGUUAAGAUCUGGGAUAUGACACAGGUUGUUGGCUGCAGCUUAGCAACAGGCUUCUCAGUGCGCUGAUUGGCUUAACCUACGACAGGGUCCCUGUGCUCCGCCCAUGCUUCCAAUGUCAUGGAAACCCCUCUGUACCGUAUAUCUCCCAUCACAUCAGAGCGCUUCAGCGCCAACCGGACUUCCUCUUGGUGAAUGUGUGUGUGUGUGGUGUAGAUAGUGUGUAGAGCUCCACAUUCCUACUUAAAGAAAGUCUUCACUUUCACUAAACGUCAGUCUUUUGUGAUAUUUGACUGAUUUACAGUUUUUUUGCAGAACCUGAAGCACAAUGGUGUGUGUGUGUGUGUGUGCACGCACAUAUGCAUGCAUUUGAUUAAUUUCUCCUGCAGGAGGAAUGGUGUUAUUAUUAGUGUUUACAUUCUGCAUUUCUGAUACUUUUGACAAAAGUAAUUUUUUUUUUUUUUUAAACUAUCAGCGGACUGUAAUCUUAUAUUUUGGAAGUGACCUGUCAUUCCUGUAAAAUCACAUUAGCUUCUGACUUAGUGUUUUACUUUGGCCACUAAGUGCAUACUACUUAGUCACUGUAACAUUGAAAACAAUCCCAGCAUCUGUGUAUACCGUUACUACAUGUGUACAGUAUCUGAUCAAAGUGAUCAGCUUUUUCUGUCGAUCUUUUUGUCUUUUUUCAGAUUUUGUUUUUCACUAGUUGGCCUUAAAUUACUCUCAGGAGGUUUCUCAUCACUCGGCUUUAUGUUCGUCACUGUCAUGACCGUGGUGUUAUUGAUGGAGCGCGAUGGAUCCGCUCUCUGCUUACUGUUAAGUGAGACUGUUGUUGAAUCACUUUCUUCAUUGAUGCUGGUUGGAGGGAAAAACAUGAAGGGGUUCAAAAUAAUCCCACCUCCUAUUUCUCUUUAGGAGCCUCGAGUUGUGCAGAUAAAUACUGCACAUACAUCCUGACAGUGUAAUGCCUCCUGAUAAUUACUUCAGAAUUACUGAUGAAAAGUAAUUUUGUGUGGGGAAUUGGAUUUGUGUUUGUCAGUGAGGCACUUAGGUACUGAACAGAAACACUAAAGCUACCAGUAGCUCUAAGUGGUGGCGUGUUGAAGCUGUGGGUCAGUUUAAGGCUUUGUAUGUUUCUUCCCAGCCUUAAACAGUGUAAAACACAUUCAAGAUGGCUCAUUUACUCUGUGCACUUUCUUUAAAAGCUCUUCUAGCUUUCUUUCCAUCUACCCCCCAUUCCCCCUUUUCUACAUUUGGGAACAUGUGUAUUCUGGGAGUGACACCAUUUUUGUAAUAUUGCUUCUGUGCACCACUACACUGGAGUCAAAAUGAAACAAGACAGUGUUGUAGUGUCAACUUUCAGCUUUAAUUCAAGGGGUUUAACAAAAAUAGCCGAAACUAACCAUUUAAGAAUGUCGGCCACUUUUAUCUGGGUUAGGGUUAGGCUUCUCUGGCUGUAUUUGGAGAUACUUUGCAAAGUGCAACUUUUCUGUUUCACUCAUGGUUUCAUGGUGGAGUGAAAAUCCUUCUCUGUUCCACUGGACCAUGAAGCUGUAUAAGUGAUGAUGCAGCAGACAAAAGUUUUGACUGUAUACUUUCUCCAGUCACAGCUGCAGAAGCCGGUAACUCCUUCAGAGUUGUCUGACUGUCUUGUGGCUUCCCUCACUAGUUGCUUUCAUGAAUGAUCACUGUUUUGGAGAGCUUCCUACCUGAAAUACCGUACUGUUUGUAUUUCUUAAUGAUUGAUGUGAAUGAAAUUCAAGACCCGUUCAGUGACUUGGAAAUGUUCAUGUGUCCAACUCCAGACUUGACUAAAGAAAAAAUGGUUGUCAAAGUGAUACUUAAUUACUUGCAUUUAGUUUUUCCUGUAACUUAAUGGGCUCUGAAAAUUGAGUCAGUAUAUUUCAAAAAUGGCACUACAAACAGAUCUUGUCAUCCUCCCCAUCACCACCACUUCAAUUGUCAUGUUGUACCAAUUGUAAAAUUACAAAAAUUGUCACUACUCAAAUACUUAUGGACCAAAUCCUAAUUAUUUUUAAGGUGUUCUGCUUCCUCUCCUUGUCCUUGUCUCAUCACAUUCUCACCACUGCACUGAAUUGCACAGCUUAAGGUAUUGGAAAAACAGGUUUUGAAUUAAACUUUUUUUUUGUUUGUUUUUUGGUGAGAUCUUGACUGAGUAAUGACGGCUGGAUUUGAUGUAGCUCCCUUGUAAAUAACUAAUAUUAUCUUCUUAUAUUAACGCUUGCCUUAUUGUAAGUGGAGAAAAGUAAACAUUGCAAUUUUAGAUUACUGCUUGCCAAUUGUAGUCACAUUCCAGUUUGUUUAUCAUAUUGUGUAUAUUUAUAUUUGUAGCCACUUAUUUAUCACUGUAAAUCUUUCUUUUUUCUUUUGUGACCCUGUAAUGAAAACAGUCCAAUAUGGAGCACUUGCAGAUGUCAUUUUGUGAUUAACUGUGCUGACGGAUCUUGCACUAAAAUAGAGAUUUGAUCAUUUCAUCAAGUUAUUGAUCCAUAGUAAUCAUAUAAAUUAGCUGUCAUCGAUGAAUGCAGUCGAUGUCACGCCUAAACGUUAAACUGAAAAUACACAGUCACUACAGCUGAUGAUAGAUUCCCUUUGGAAGUUGAUCUGUGUUAUAGUGUAAAAGCCUCAGAAAGUACAGAAUGCACACUGACAGGUACAGAUUGUCUUCUGACUUUCACCAAGACUAAUGAAGUUCUGUAUUCAGUGGUUCCAUAAACUCUGGGAUAUAAAAGGCCUUAAAUUAUAACUACCUAAUUUUUAAAUUAUAUGAAUUUAUGCAACUGCAAAGCUUAAAGCUACAGUGUGUAGGAUUUAGUAGGGGUGUGCUAAAAUUAAUGUUUCACUUCUUGGAUGAUGAAGGCAUUAUAUCAUGAUGUUAGUAGUUAUGCAUUAUGACACCUAUAGUUUUGCACGAUGAUUGUUUGUGCAAGAGUUUAACCUGGACUAUUUUCAUAUCUGCUCCUUCAUAGUUAAAAACUGGAUGGAAAACUUCAUGAAUUAAAGAUUUAUAUAGUUUUAUAUGUUGAAAAAGUCCUUUUCUGUGUUUAACGACUUAUGUUUUAAAUAAUCCAACAGCGCAAAAAGGUAGCUGGUUCAAACAGAACUACAUUUUAACACAUUUCACAUUUCCAUGGCUUUAUAAGGAGUUGUAUCUGUAAGAAAAGUAUUGAACAGCUGUUUUGACUCAUGUGGUGCUUAGCAGAAGAGAAGAAAAAGAUUAAUGGCUGCAGAGAUACUGAUCUGAAAUUAAUGGAUUUUUUUUUUUUUUUUUUUGGCAUUAAUUUUCAUUGGUCAUUAAAAAUAAAACAAAUCCUGGCAUGACAGGGGUUCUGCAUUAUUAUAGGGUAAAAAUAAUUUAUCACGGUGUUGACUGUACCGAGGGAUCCACAUCAUGGUUCAAUAUGACACAGAUGUAUUGCCAUCCCUAGGAUUUAUUUUCAUCCAGUGGAGACGUUGCAGAUUGCAUUAUGCUGUCGCAGGUUUGUUUCCCAUCACCAUUUUGCUUCUUUGGCGACAAGGAUCCAUGUUCCGUUCCGUUUUCUUGUGAUAAACAAUAUGAACAGUACUCAUUUUUUUUUUUUUUUAAUAUGACUCACAAACUUCUUAGCCUGCACUAGUAGUGCAUUGGGGAGCAACCACCAAAUCAUCUUUUUUCCUCAGUCUUCCAUCUGUGCUUCAAAAUACAGAUGUUGGAGAAAGUAAUGUCUCUUCUGGGCUCCUGUAUGAACAUGGCAGCUUUCUUGAGGAGGCCCUCUUAUGUACACAUGGAUUCAUUCUAAGCUUAUGAAAACACAUGGAUUAAUUGUCGCAGGUAAUUAUACACUAAUAAACCGAUGGUUUUGAAUGCUAUAGUCCAUUCCUGCUAAUAAACGUGCCUAAAUUCUACACACUGUAGCUUUAAGUAAAAUGCUGUAUAAAUUGCAAGGUUGUUAAAAAUUGUGUUGGUUGUUACAAUUGUGGAAAGCUGACAUUUAGUUUAAAUUCACGCCGAAGUGGCUAAUGGAAAAAGAUUUUCUGAUUGCCAGGUGGCCACCAGGAAGAGAGUAAAGGAUUUUGUCAUGCUGUAAGUGGUUCAUUUUCUUCCGUCUCACUUCAUGAAGCAAAAAUUCAUUUUCCACAACUCUGUAGCCGCCAUCGCUAACUGAAACUUGGUUUUUGUUUGGUCUCAAUUUUAAUCUUUAACUGCUUGUUUAAAAAAGGUAAAUUGCUGUUGAAACAUGUUAAUGCAUAUCUGAAAUAACUGUAUUUUGAAAUAUUUUUGACGGUGUAUUACUGAUUUUUGUCUGAUCUGAUCCUGAUCACGCAGAAAAGAAUUGAUGCUUAAUAAACCUAUUCUCAUGCUAAU